AGAACGGUAGACACAUCAAACCAAAAGUCGCUCUUUCGUUCCCCUCUCUUCAACCACAAUACAGAGAAAAGCUCCAAGAUCAGAAAUGGCCUUCCACCUAAGAUCGAUAAGUUUACCAUCAAAGCCUCAGGCCAACGAGACCGAAGUCGAGCAAGAGUUGCUGAGCCUAGAGGCGAGCAUCUCUUCUUCCACCACCACCAUCGGCACCAUGUGUGACGGUCUGAGGAGGCUCGGAGACAUCUACAAUGGUGUUGAAGAUAUUAUUGGCCUACCAAGCAAACAGGUUGGCAAGAUGUUGGAUUCACAGAUGGAAGGCUCUCUCGAGCUGCUAGAUCUCUGCAACACCAUGCAAGAGAUCUUUGUCGAGAUGAAGGCCAUCAUCCAAGAGCUACAAGUGGCUCUAAGAAAAGGUGAUGAUGCAACUGCUCAAGCCAAGAUCCAGUCUUACGUUCGUUUGGUGAAGACGGCCAAGAAACAUUUCAAGAAGAGCACGAAGAAGGCUAAUGUCGCGUCCGCGGGUUGCAAGAUGGCCAUGCUAUUGACCAAGGCUAGAGAGAUUUCUGUGUCUCUUCUGGAGUACACAGUCCAUCUCUUGUCAAAGGAAAUCGGAAUGCCAAAACAGUCUCUUGUCUCGAAGGCAUUUCACAAGAAAAAGGCAGUCGUCUGCCAGGACGAGCAAUUGCAGGAGUUAGAGUGUAGUAUUGGAGAUCUCGAGAAUGGGGCGGGGCAUCUGUUCAGGAAAUUAGUCCAGAUCAGAGUUUCUCUCCUGAACAUUCUUAGCUCAUAGAUACUCCAAGUCAUUCUACACCCUGUGAUUGGCAUCCGCCUUUUUGAGGAUUAGCCGGUCUUCAUACCAUUUUGCCAUAUGUAUACAGUACAAAUGUACAGAAACUUAUAGAAAGAAAAAGUGAAGUUUUGAUCUA